AGAGAUAGUGAGGGACAGAGCGCUCACUCUCUGCUCUCAUCUAGUAUUACACCAGAGCUGCAGAGUGUACAGAGGAUGUGUCGCAACACCAUCAGAGGACUCUGAAAAGAUUGGUUUUGGAUAUUAUCUAUAAGUAUUAUCAUUAAAGGACAUAACAAUAUAUCACAUCUGGGAAAACAGCUGAGUGACAAUGCCAGAGGAAAAAGUGUUUCAGCAGCAGGCGGUCCACAGCCCUCUGGAGCAGCAGAAGCAGAGGCAGAAGCAGAAGCAGGGCGGAGGGGGACCCAUCCCCUGUCAGAACUGUGGGCUGCCCUGCAAAGGAGAGGCCCUCCGAGUUCAGAACAAACACUUCCACAUCAAGUGCUUCGUCUGUAAAGUGUGCGGUUGUGAACUGGCCCAGGGAGGCUUCUUCGUGCGGCAGGGUGAAUACAUCUGUACUCUGGACUACCAGCGACUGUACGGGACUCGUUGCUUCAGCUGCCAGGACUUCAUUGAAGGGGAGGUGGUGUCCGCCUUGGGCAAGACCUACCACCCCCGCUGCUUCGUCUGCGCCUCCUGCAAACAGCCGUUCCCGGCUGGCGACCGAGUGACAUUUAACGGGAAGGAGUGUAUCUGCCAAAAGUGUACCCAGCCUUUGCCUGCCAACAGCCCUGCACCCAUACAGGCUGUCCACAAUUGCUGCGGCUGUGGGAAGGAGUUUAAGAAUGAACAGUCUCUUGUAGCACUGGACAAGCACUGGCACCUGGGAUGCUUCAAGUGUAAAGUCUGCAACAAGGUGCUCAAUGCCGAGUACAUCAGCAAGGAGGGGAUCCCCUACUGUGAGAUGGACUACCACGCCAUGUUCGGCAUCCAGUGCGAGAGCUGCAAGAAGUACAUCACUGGGAAAGUCCUGGAGGCUGGAGAGAAGCAUUACCACCCCACAUGUGCCCGCUGUGCCCGCUGUGAGCAGAUGUUUGCAGAGGGAGAAGAAAUGUACCUGCAAGGAUCUUCUAUCUGGCAUCCUCCGUGCAGACAAGCAGCCAAGCAGGAGGAGAAGAGUAAGAAGCAGGUCCGGAUACAGCUCAGUGACGUCCCUGAGCAACAGGUGACCCGGACUUCUUCUGAGAGCAUCACCUCUGUCCCAGCAUCCAGCGCCUCCGGCUCUCCAAGCAGAGUCAUCUAUGCCAAAUUAGGAGAGGAGAUGCUGGACUACAAGGACCUGGCAGCUCUUCCAAAGACCAAGGCCAUCUACAACAUCGACAGGCCUGACAUGCUGUCCUACUCUCCGUACGUCAGCUACCCAUCUGAGGAGAGGCACUACGGAGAGUCCCCCCAGCUGCUUUCUCCUACUCCUACUGAGGGUGAUGGGGAGAAGUCACCCCGUCAGAGAAGGCCCUCCAGUCCCAGCUCCAACAGCUCCCUGGGGGGCCAUGGACGUUAUACCCCAUCCCGCUCCCCUCAAAACUACAGCCGAGCAGGGCCAGAGUUAUACCUUGGCGAUAGAUACAGCAGCCAGGCCCGUGACUCCAGUUCUCUUCCUUUGCCCCCAGCCCUCAUGGGUGGCAUUAAGUACCCUUUCAACUGGGCCAGGGACUCAUCCUCCCUCCCUGUUCACUAUUCUGGUGGGACCGAAGGGAGUGGAGGUGGUGGUGGCGGCAAGUACUCACCCACACCAGCAGGUGGCAGUACAGGCUUGUCUUUACACCUAAACCCCACCACCCUGGCCAUGCUGAAGCAGCACAACUACAUCCCUUACUUCAGAGGUAGUGAAAGUGGUCGAAGUACCCCCAGCUUAUCCACCUAUUCUGAUGGCAAAUCCCCCUCAUCUACCUCUACAUACGUGGCUGCUCCCCGGCAUUUCCACAUACCAGAGACUAUGGUCAAAGAUAAUAUCUAUAGAAAACCCCCCAUCUACAAGCAGCAUGCUUCUAGAACCUCCUGGCAGGAUGGGGAGGAUAGUAAGAGGACCAGUUGGAUGAUCUUGAAGAGUGAGAUUGAAGGACAUAUGGGUGCAGAAGACCUGGACCCUCGCAAGUCCACCUGCAGUCUGCCCACCGACACCUCCCAGCCAAAUUUCCCCUACAAUAAGUCUGCGUCUUUACCCGGAUAUGGAAGGAAUGGCAUCUACAAGGCUGCAGAGAUGGUGGAGGAUGAAGUGGACCCAGACUCCCAGAGCUGGGGAGGAAUGAGAGAGUACAAGGUCUACCCUUAUGAAAUGCUGGCAGUGACACAUAGAGUGAAAGUGAAGCUUCCCAGAGAUGUAGAUCGCACCAGACUGGAGAGACACCUAUCUCCUGAGGACUUCCAGAUGGUUUUCGGCAUGACCCUGGAGCAGUUCGAUCGCAUGGCCCUCUGGAAGAGGAACGACAUGAAGAAGAGGGCACACCUUUUUUAGACAGACAAGAAAAAGCGCCGAGUAACAUCUCAACAACCAACCAUCCUGUCUGGAAGAAAGCAGAAAAGAGAAAAACCAACCCAUUUGAAAUCUCUAUAUAUGCACCGCCAUGAUACCCCCUACUUUCCACCUGUACAACGCCAUGCCAUCCGCCUGUGAUGUCACGGAGAGGCGCUCCGUGCAGGAACAUUCUCACCUUGAGGCAGCAUCUAGAGCUUUUUGUAUGCUAUGUGGUCCAAAUGUUUGACUGACAACCUUACAUAAGAGGAUGAGGAGCUGCGUUUGCAUGGCCUGUGUUGAUGCUCCUCGCCUUCCAUGCGGUUUUUUCUGACACCCAUCCCGACGCCUUCACACACCCUGGCAAAUAUAACACAUUUUUCAUCCGCAGCGAGUUUUCUUUUAUUCAUUUCAUCUGUUUACUGCUCUGCAUUUUCUCUCUCACUGUCUCCGCAUCAUUUGGAAGUUGUUCUCCCUGCACCGACUGUUACAUUGUCGAGCCAGUUCAUUUUUUACCAUUGCUUUACAAAAGUGAAGAGACUGCAGACUUGUACACACUCACUGUUCAAGCAUGUCAAGGCAAAAGACAGAGAUAAGAAACAACUUCAGCCUCUCUGAUCUCUCCCUUCAGAAUCUGUCAAAAAGCACCUUAUCAAUCGCUUUUGUUUUCCAUUUCCCUUCAUGUUCAGUCAGAGAAGUUGCGAAAGACCGGCCAGGUAGUUUUGAUAAAUGUGACCUGAUACUUUUGAAUGCGGUCACAUAUCUUACGCAAGCCUCUCGUAAAUCAGCACAGACAGGGAGAGCCAGGGCUGGAUGAGGGCCAGAACUGGGUGGGGGGGUGGGGGGUUGGGGGGUGGAAGAGAAAACGUACAGUACAGUUUCGGGGUAUGCAAAGGUAUCAACAUAUGCAGGAAUGCCAGAGUGACAUGCACUCGCAUUAAAAAAAAACACAAAAAACAAUGACAAAAGAAAUUAUUUUUAUAAGCUAUUUUUGACUUCUGGAAAGGAUCAUUUCACCAAUCAUGAAACACAGCUGAGAGAAAUCAUGAUUUUGUUACAAGAAUAAGGCCACGUUGACUUUAAGCUUCAGAGACCUGCAGCAGCACUUAAGCCAAACAAGUGAGGUCUUGCUUGAUUUAAAUCUCAAUAAUAUAACUGUGUUAUAUCUUCUCAGAUAGUGGUCUAACUCCUUAUAUGUUUGUUGUUUGAAAGCAUUGUUGUGUGCAGUACAAGCUACACAUAUAAGCUAAAGUCUACCAGUUUUGCUUGAUUUUCUGGACAGUAAAUUGAUCAACUUGUCAACUAACAUACUGUAAAAUGUAUAUAAACAUAUACUGGACAUAUGCCAGAUAUAUCUGUCUGUAUACAAUCCAUGGUGUAUAACUCUUCAGGCAUGCAUGAAGAUGGGAGAAUGGGGUUUGUCCACUGACCUCAGAUUAGAAAUGUAUGAAAACAUUAUCAUCAAUGUGUUUUGAGUGAUUGAUUCUUUUUUGGUUAAAGUAUGUCAAAUGAAAAUACCUGGGUUAGCUGCUUACAUUAGCUUGUGUUAGGUAUUUAUUUAAUUGCAAUAUUAAGGAUGGGAUUUUAUUUUGAAAUCUCAAGGGUGUAGUGUCGAGUAUAUAGCAUCACCAAGAAGAAAGCUUUCGGACAGAGACAUAUCAAAUUUUAAGUUUAAUCUGAGUGUCAAAUAAAAGAUUUGCUCCUGUACGUAACACACUAACUGUUGUCAUAAAGCAUCAUGUCAUCUUUCUAACAUUCAUGUGCUAUUAAAGUGCUUUAUCCAAAACUCA